AUGAGCUGGGUAUACGACAUGGUCAUUGCCCUAGAUGCCUUCUCACGUUGUAGGCCCAUGGUGGAAAGGUAUUGCAUCACAAACCCGGCAAUCCCAACGGUCGUUAAUAGUCCCCACUGCAUCAGGGUGUGCGGCAUCUGCAAUGGUAGCCGCAACACAAUUACUCCUGUGAGAGAAAAGAUGAACGUCACUAGCGAAAAGAAGGAAACAGUGAUGACAGGAUGUGCAUUAAAGCCAAUUACUCUCAUUGCACAUGUUGAUAGUCCCGUUCCGAAACAUGAGACGAGCGCCUCACACGUGCCCAAAAGUCGAAGUCCCGGAGACAGAGAUUCUAGAGAUCUAUUGCCCCCUGAGGAGCUUUUAGGAGUGCUGGAAGCAUGGUUCGGGUCGCCAAAUAUGAACGUGGGCUUGGCAACAAGCACCACACCUAAUAGCGCAACCAUACCACAAACUGCCUCCAAUCGAGUAUACCUUUCUUUCAAGAAAAGAUAA